AAAAGACAAAACUCGGAAACUUCAUUACUGGUAACCAAAAGAGUUUUACAAAAUAUUCUCUAGACAAGCGCGUCCUCCAUGGGGAGUGGAAAGGAAAAUCUCUAACAGUAGUUCAAACCCAAAACAUCUUCCGGCUCCCUAUGGAAACCCUGAAAGAUGAUAUGAAGCAUUGUGUGACUCUCUGUUCACCUGGACCAAAUGUUCUGCUGCUGUUACUGAAAGCCUCUACAGUCUCAGAGAGGAAGAAACAAAGACUGAAUUUUAUUUUCAGUUUGUUUGGUCAAGAUGCUUUAAAACACACAGUGGUCAUCACCACAAGUAGGGGGGAUGUUUCAGCUGUUAGUCAGCUCAUUGAAGACUGUGGAGGAAGACACUACAACAUGUCUGAAGACAACCACUGGUUAUUGAUGCAGAAGAUGGAGCAGAUUGUCCAUGAAAACAGAGGAGCCUUCCUCACCUGCAGUGAAGAGACCAUCAGACCAAAGUGUGAAGACACCAGAGCAGCUUUAAACCUGGUUCUGUGUGGGAGGAGAGGAGCAGGGAAGACUUCAGCAGCUGAGGCCAUUUUAGGUCAGACAGAGUUUCCUUCAGUCUCCAAGUCAUCAGAGUGUGUUCAGAGUCAGGGAGAGGUGUGUGGACGUUGGGUUUCCCUGGUGGAGCUGCCUGCCUUGUGUGGAAAACCUCUGGAGGAAGUGAUGAAGGAAUCACUCAGGUGUAUCUCCCUCUGUGAUCCUGAGGGCGUCCAUGCCUUCAUCCUGGUCCUACCUGUGGAUCCCCUCACUGAUGAAGACAAGAGUGAGUUAAAGACCAUCCAGAACACAUUCAGCUCUCGAGUCAAUGACUUCACCAUGAUUCUGUUCACUGUGGAGUCAGAUCCUACAGCUCCAGCUGAUGGUAACUUUGUAAAAGGAAACAGAAACAUCCAGGAGCUGCUUCAGAGCUGUGGAGGAAGACAUGUUGUUCUCAACAUCAAGGACAAGCAGCAGAUCCCAGAGCUGUUGGACACGGUGGAUAAAAUGAGACUGAGACUCUACAAAGACAAACUGUGCAGCUACACAACAGAAACAUUUGCAUUUGCUCAAAUAGAAAAGAUCAGACAACAAGAGGAAAACAUCACCACACUGCAGGCUGAGCUGAAGGACCUGAGAACAAAAAGCAUCAUCAGCUGUAAGUUCUGUAAUGUUGUCAUAGAAACAGUAAGUCCUGUUUUUUUCUCUGUCCUUCAGUAACUCCAUGUCUUUAUAUUUCCCAGGUGCUGAUGAAGAACAGAGCCCAGAGUGUCUCAGGAUUGUUCUGAUAGGGAAGACUGGCUGUGGGAAGAGCUCUUCAGGA